UCUUGAUAUCCUGGGUAUCUGUCAUUCUGACCUAUUAUAGUUUUUAUAUAUGACACUCACACACUGGUAAACCAGACACCCACAAAACCUCUCUCUCUCUCUCUCUCUCUCCAUCUGCAGAGGUCCUCUCUUUGUUGGUUUGAUAUUCAUUCUGUCGUAUUGGGUUACUGAGGGAGUGUUCUUAACUGUGGUCUAAAAAUUCACUUUGUUCAGUCACGGGGUAGGAUUCUUCUGGUUCUACUCCUCUCAGGCUUAUCUUUUAACCAAAAAAAGAAAAGAAAGAGGAAAUUGAAAGACUAAUAUGAAGUAUAUGAAACUUGGUUCUCGGCCGGAUACUUUCUACACUUCUGAUUCAGUAAGGUCAAUCUCCUCAGAAGUCUCCAGUGAUCUCAUAGUUCAAGUUAAGGGAAGUAGAUAUCUGCUUCACAAGUUUCCCCUUCUUUCCAAGUGCUUGCGCCUCCAGAGGCUGUGCUCCGAAAGCCCCGAUUCCCAACAGUACCAGAUAGUCCAACUCCCGGAUUUCCCCGGUGGAAUCGAGGCGUUCGAAUUGUGUGCAAAGUUUUGCUAUGGCAUCACCAUCACAAUAAGUGCCUACAACAUAGUAUCAGCACGAUGUGCUGCCGAGUACCUCCAGAUGACAGAAGAUGUUGAGAAGGGAAACCUGAUGUACAAACUUGAGGUUUUCUUCAACUCUUGUAUACUUCAAGGGUGGAAGGACUCAAUCGUGACAUUACAAAGCACCAAGUCAUUCCCCUCAUGGUCCGAGGACCUCGAUAUCACAAGCAGAUGCAUUGAAGCCAUUUCUGCAAAAAUCAUAGCCCAGCCCUCAAGGGUAAACUUGUCACAUAAUCAUUCGCGGAGAGGGAGAGAUGACGUGUCUUGUAACGGAGGAGAGAGCCACAGACAUAAGGCUAAAGGGUGGUGGGCUGAAGAUUUAGUGGAAUUGAGCAUUGAUCUUUUUUGGAGAACUCUAAUAGCUAUCAAAUCUGGUGGGAAGAUACCCUCUAACCUUAUCGGAGACGCGUUAAGGAUUUAUGCAUCUAGAUGGCUACCAAAUGUACCCAAAGACUCAAAUGUCAAUAAAGAUUUAGAAUCGGACAUGGGUUCGGAUUCUGUUGUUGGGGAUUUAAGAUCAAAGCAUAGGCUUCUUUUGGAAUCAAUUAUAAGCUUACUCCCAGCAGAAAGAGGAGCUGUUUCCAGUAGUUUCUUGCUUAAACUUUUGAAAGCAGCCAAUCUAGUUAAUGCCUCAUCUUCUUCUAAGAUGGAGUUGGCUAGGAGAGUUGGGAUUCAGUUAGAUGAAGCAAAAGUGAGUGACUUGUUGAUACCCACAAAAGAUAGUACACUAUAUGAUGUGGAUAUAGUGCUGACCAUAUUGGAGCAAUUCACGUUACAAGGGCAGAGUCCGCCGAUUAGUCCCACCAGGGGAAAGAAUGGUUUUGAGAGGAGGAGGAGGUCUAGGUCCGCAGAGAACAUCAAAUUUGAGUUUCAGGAGAGUAGAAGGUCUUCUUCUGCGUCUCAUAGUUCAAAACUUAAGGUGGGGAGACUUGUGGAUGGGUAUCUUCAAGAGAUAGCAAGAGAUGUGAAUUUGCCGUUGUCCAAGUUCAUUGCGGUGACUGAAGCUGUACCGGAUUUUGCAAGGGUUGAUCAUGAUGAUCUAUACAGAGCAAUUGACAUUUAUCUCAAGGCACACCCGGAUCUUAACAAAAGCGAAAGAAAGCGUUUGUGCAAAAUCCUAGACUGCAAGAAAUUAUCAAUGGAAGCUUGCACGCAUGCAGCUCAAAACGAGCUACUCCCACUGAGGGUGGUGGUUCAAGUCCUCUUCUUUGACCAAGCUAGAAUUGCCACAGCCGGUGGUCCAGUAACUGAGCUUCCUAGCAACAUUAAGGCACUUUUUGCUCAAAAUGGUGACCCAAGAAAACCCACAUCAUCAUUAAGUACAAACGCGACUGCAGUUGCACCGGAGGACCAGUGGAGCGUUACAGGUCUCAAAUCGCCAAAAUCAAAGCUUGCAACUUUGAGGAUGAAGCUAGCUGAAGACGAGGAUUUGGAAGACAAUUACACCAAUGAAAUUGGAAAUAAUUCUAAAGUCAAGGCCGUUUGUUCGCUUCCCACUGGACCUAAAAGGAUGCUGAGUAAGUUGUGGUCCAUUAAUAGAAGUGCAGGAGAAAAAAAUUGUCAGUAAUUUUGGUGUAUUUUGUUUUUGCAUUAGGCCUUGUGGUUUAGGGGAGUAAAAGUUAGUGUGGAUUGUUGUUGUAGGCUAUGCUAAUAAGAACAAGUUUUUCGAGAGACCUGAGGAGAAAAUCUCUUGAGGAACCUCGCUUUGUGGAAACCGAGUAGGAACUUUCUUUGUAAUCGUCUCUGUUAAAUCUGAGGUUGCUUUCUUUA